GUUACUGUGGUACUAUGUAGGUAUGUACUGCUUCGCUAGGGGGGCAAGAGACAUGGUUGUGUCGCCGGCGAAGUGGGAGUAGAACCAGAAUUUUACCCCGUCACCGAAAUUUCUAGCUACAGUGUAAUAGUACGGUAUCUAGUACGGAGGCAGGUAUGUACUAGGUAGGCAGAUAGAUAGAGAAUCUUAGAUGAUAAGAGCCUUCAGGCGGCGAGGCAAAUGACUUAGAUAUAAGGUCAUCCUCCCAUCAUAGAUAUUGCCUAAUAGACUUUCCUCACACUCUUCAUGAUAUCAUAACAGCUCUACAUCUUUACCUAAAGUCUUUUUAAGCUUGUGUUUUGUGUUUACAAGUAAACAACACCUUUAACAACUCCAUAUUCAACCCCAAACCCCAUAUUCAAGAUGCCUAUGUUCGAAGAUUACGAAAUUGCCCAGGCCACCGACAAGACCCCUCAGGUGACCAAGAGCAAUGGAGCGGACACUCUAGCCAUCCCUGGAGAUGAUGGUGAGGGUCCCAUCGAAGUUCCUGCUUCACGAUCCUCUAUCUCCGAGGCUGCUAAGUACAUGCACAACUUGAGCGCCUCUCCAUCUAUGAAGGAGCGAAGAGGUUCUCGCAACUCCUUCGGUACAUCUCUACCCAUCCCCAGAUCGAAGAGGCAGUCUCGCCUAUCUUCCGUCCACUACCCCGCCGAUGAAUCUGGACGCCCAACUCGCCCGGGCAUGCCGCCCGUCCAGCCCUCGCGGGCUAUCUUGGCUUCACAAGUUCAGAGUAUCGAAGUCGAGAAGGUGAAGAAGGCCAAGAACAUGGCUUUUGCCUUCGACAUCGAUGGUGUUCUUGUCCACGGUGACCGCUUGAUUCCCGAGGGUCAGCGUGCUCUCGAGAUCCUCAACGGUGACAACGAGCUCGGCAUCAAGAUUCCUCACAUUUUCCUCACCAACGGUUCCGGCAAGCCCGAGAAGGCUCGCUGCGAGCAGCUUUCUCGCAUCCUACACAACCCCGUCAACACCGAGCAAUUUAUCCAAUCCCACACUCCCAUGAGUGCUCUGGCCGAGUACUACAAGACCGUGUUGGUUGUUGGUGGCGAGGGUUACAAGUGCCGUGAGGUCGCAGAGGAAUACGGCUUCAAGGACAUUGUCGUUCCCAACGACAUCGUCGCCUGGGACCCUACCAUUGCCCCUUACCGGGUGUUCACACCCGAAGAGCGAGCCUCAUCCAGGCCGCGUGACUUCAGCAAGAUCAAGAUCGAAGCUAUCAUGGUCUUCUCCGACUCUCGAGACUACGCGACGGACAUGCAAAUCAUCAUGGACCUUCUACGAUCUGAAAACGGCCAGUUCGGCACGAUCGCCAAGGACCCUGUCUCCCAGCGGGUCCCCAUCUACUUCUCGCAAGGCGAUCUUUUGUGCCCCACGGAGCACUGGACACCGCGAAUGUCACAAGGUGCCUUCCGUAUUGGUCUCGAGGCCAUGUACAGGGCCUUGACUGGCGUUGACCUAGAGCGUGUCGUCUACGGCAAGCCUGAGACUGCUACAUACAAGUACGCUGAUGAGGUCCUUACGUCAUGGAUGGAGGAACUCCACGGCGAGGAGAAGCUACCGGAGAACAUUUACAUGAUUGGUGACAACCCGGCUUCCGACAUCAUUGGUGGCAACAUGUACGGUUGGAACACUUGCCUUGUUCGUACUGGUGUCUUCCAGGGUGGAGACAAUGACGAGAACAACCCGGCUAACUUUGGCGUCUUUCCCAAUGUACUCGAGGCAGUCCAAACUGCUCUGAGGAAGCAAAUGGGUGAUGACUUCAAGAUGCACUUUGACGAGCGCAUCAACCCUGUGCUACACGGUGACAAGUCUGACGCUGCCGCCAUCAUAUGAUUUUUGACAGACGACAUGAUAUCAUUUGGAAUGAUAUCUCCUUUUGGGAUAUCUUCAACAAUUUUGGGAAGGGCGUUUUAGGGGAUGGGGAUAGAACUUUGACGAAUUUUCUUAUUCUUCUAACGACGGCAUCGGACUAACGCAAACAAAAAGCAAUCUCUAGAGAUUGUAAAGACUGACAAAGCUCUAUGAGGCUAUUAUUUAGACAUUUCUUUUGCCUCAAAAAUCAAAUCAUCUUCACAUAAACUUGUUCCUUUUGAGAGUAGUAUGGUGGUGAUCGUAUCUUACCUCGUGCUUAGCCCUAUUUGUUGGCCGA